GCUAUGGAAUAUGAUGAGAAGCUGGCCCGUUUCCGGCAGGGCCACCUCAACCCGUUCAACAAAGACCCGCUGCAGAAUUGGCAGGAGCAGAAGACAGCCGGGCCCAGAGAGGACUUUCCUCAGAAAGGUGAGCUGUCCCCUUCCUCGCCUUGUCCUUCACUGUCCCCGGAGGAGCCGGUAUUCCACUGCUCAGAGCGCACCAUGGACCUGGGCCUGGCAGAGGACCACUUCUCGCGCCCUGUGGGCCUGUUCCUGGCCUCAGAUGUGGAGCAGCUGCGGCAGGCCAUCGAGGAGUGGAAGCAGAGGAUCCUGGAGUUGCCGGAUAACUCCGAGAAGCAGAAGGACGCCGUGGUGCGGCUUAUCCACCUGCGCCUACGGCUCCAGGAGCUGAAGGACCCCAGUGAGGAUGAGCCCAACAUCAGGGUGAUCCUAGAGCAUCGCUUCUACAAGGAGAAGAGCAAGGGAGUGAAGCAAACCUGCGACAAGUGCAGCACCGUCAUCUGGGGGCUUCUCCAGACCUGGUACACCUGCACAGGCUGUUCCUAUCGCUGCCAUAGCAAGUGCCUGAACCUCGUCACCAAGCCAUGCGUGCGCUCCAAAGUCAGCCACCAGGCCGAAUACGAGCUGAGCAUUUGCCCGGAGACGGGGCUGGACAGCCAGGACUACCGUUGUGCCGAGUGCCGGGCACCCAUCUCUCUCCGUGGAAUCCCAGGUGAGGCUCGGCAGUGUGACUACACAGGCCUCUAUUACUGCAGCAGCUGCCACUGGAAUGAUCAAGCUGUCAUCCCUGCCAGGGUCAUCCACAACUGGGACUUUGAGCCCCGCAAGGUCUCUCGGUGUAGCAUGCGCUACUUGGUGCUAAUGGUGUCCCGGCCAGUCCUCAAAUUGCGGGAGAUCAACCCUCUUCUCUUCAAUUACGUUGAGGAGCUGGUAGAGAUCCGGAAACUGCGUCAGGACAUCCUGCUCAUGAAGCCGUACUUCAUCACCUGCAAGGAGGCCAUGGAAGCUCGGCUGCUGCUCCAGUUGCAGGACCGGCAGCACUUUGUGGAGAACGAUGACAUGUACUCCCUGCAAGACCUGGUGGACGUCAACGCCGGGCGGCUCAGCUGCUCCCUGACGGAGAUCCACACGCUCUUUGCCAAGCACAUCAAACUGGACUGUGAGCGGUGCCAAGCAAAGGGCUUUGUGUGUGAACUCUGCAAGGAGGGAGACGUGCUCUUCCCCUUCGACAGCCACACCUCAAUGUGCAUGGACUGUUCAGCCGUCUUCCACAGGGACUGCUUCUACGACAACUCCACAACAUGCCCCAAGUGCGCUCGACUCAGUCUCAGAAAAGAGUCGUUGCUCAGGGAGCGCAGUAUGGAGCCAGAAGCCUAAGUGUGGCUUCUCUGAAACAGAAGAGACCUCGGCCGCACCACGGAGUUCCCAGCAGGCCUGUGACUUACUUGUCCUUCUUGGAGGGAAGCAGCUCAGACUGCCAGAAGAGGGCCAGAUGGGAACGCCGUGCCCAGGCUGGAGAAGGAUGCUGCCCCUCCCACCUCUGGACAGAGGUCAAGAUUCUCCUUGAGUUUCCAACUCCGAGGCUCUCCCUGAGGGAGUCUGGUCCUGGCUGUAACUGGCAGAGGUGGGGAAGGGGCUGCCAAAUGACUUUAUGGGAAAUGGGUGCCACCCCCCACCCCCUGCUCAGUAACUGGCUAAUACCAUCCCUGCUUUUCUGGCCUCUUUACAGACUAUGAUAGUUCAGCAAAGACAAUGGCCGCAGCUGGGCAGGCUGUAAAAAUGGCAGCGUUUGGAAAGUCGUUCCUUUGACCAUCUGCUUUGGAGAUGGACACAGAGACUUGGUUUUCCUUUCCCAUCCCCUUAGCUCAACACAAUGGCAAUUGCCAGGACUGGGUGAAUUAUAGAAUAGUCUCUGUCAGCCUUGAAAAGAGACUAUGGGACUCUUUACACCACAGUAAUUUAUCACAAGCACUAAAAUCACUUUAAAUAAAGCUAAGUAUAAAUAU